AUGUCCGCCGCACAACCUCUCCCUGUUUUGAUCGCUGGAGCUGGCCCUUCUGGCCUUGUCUUAGCCCUGUCCCUGGUCCAGCAUGGCAUACAGCCCAGGACUUUGGAGGCAUACAACCUCUUGGGUGUUUUGCCUGAUAUCGUCUCCAGAGGCAUGGACAUACGUCCGAUGCGGUUAUACAAGCUUCCCGGAGGUGUUGAGCCGGCCAGUACAGUCAACAUGAUAUCCAUGGAGGAACCUACGCCAAGCACUCCAUACGUUCAGCUAACACGGACUAUCAAGAUUAACCCACUGAUGCUCGGGCAGUCAAAGGCAGAGCAAGUGCUGCGUGAACAUCUCGCUGCGUAUGGAUGUCAUGUUGAGCGCGGCACGGAGCUGUGCAGCUUCGAACAGAAUACCGAACAUGUGGUGGCCCAUCUCGUCAAGCGCGAUGAUGAUCAAGAGGUUGCUGAAACCGUAGUCUGUCGCUGGCUUGUCGGGACCGAUGGGGCGAGAAGCAUCGUACGGAAGCAACUCGAUCUGAGUUUCCUCGGCGAAGGGCUUUCGGGGAAAGGCGUCUUCGGCGAAAUCGUGAUAAAAAAUCUGACCCGUGACUAUUGGCAUUGUUGGGGCAGCUUCGGUUCUAACAUGGUCAUAUUACGUCCCACGGAAGAUGAUGAGAUCUAUACCUUCAUCGUUGCGGGGGACGUAGACGUAGAGAAAGCCUAUGAGGAUUACGAUACACUGGUUCAGAUAUUAACGAAAUUAACGGACAGACAGGAUCUCGAUUUCGGCGAGAUCAAGUGGAAAUCCAACUACAGUCCAAAUGUUCGCAUGGUGAAUAAAUUCUCAGAAGGCCGAGUCUUUGUUGCAGGAGACGCUGCACACGUACACAGUCCUACCGGCGGCCAGGGCAUGAACUCCAGUGUGCAGGAUACUCUCAAUUUAGGCUGGAAGCUCGCUUUGGUGGAGCGGGGAAUCGCUCCACAAUCGCUCCUCAACACCUACACAGAAGAGCGUCUGCCUGUCAUCGCCAACAUGCUCAAACAGACAACGAACCUGUUCAAAACUCUCAGAAACGCAGCGGCGGAUGGCGGCGACGCAUCUAAAGCAUGGGCUCAGCCCCGUGACAUGAAGAUGCUUGGCGUCAACUACCGCUGGAGUUCCAUAGUGCUCGACGAAGGCCACCCUCGAGAAGCAUUAGAGAAAGACAAGCAACUAUUGGACGCAUAUGGAGCGGACACGAGCGACGGGCUGCAUGCCGGCGACAGGGCCCCGGACGCCCCGGGCCUCGCGCUAGUGGAGGCGGGCAACGUCGGGUCCGAGACGACGUCGUUGUUCCGCAUCUUCAGCUCCACACGCCACACGAUCCUCAUUUUCUCCUCAGACGGCGCUCAGAUCGCAGCUGUACUCGAAGCGACGAAGAAGCUUGCGCCUCGCCUUAUCCAUACGGUCGUCAUCUCCCCGCGAAACCCUAGUCCUUCGUUGGCCGUAUCUGGCGCAGAUGUCGUCUGUGUUGAUCGAGACGGGCAUGGGUGUGCGGGGUAUGACGCCGGGCCCGAAGGGAUCACUGCGGCUGUUGUGAGGCCAGAUGGUAUCGUCGGCGCUCUCAUUUCUGGAGCAGCAGGUCUUGAAGCCUACUUCAAAAAUGUGUUCUCGGGUGUCAAGGCUUGA